AUGUCGCCCAUAAGCGGUAACUCUCAUUCGGAAAGGCCUGCUCAGAAGCGCAACUGGAUAGUUGAGGUUGUUCGCAGUCCAGCCCCAGCCACUAGGGGUGCAGCUUCGCGACUGCGAGCCCAGCCGGUUGACUUUGGAGUCGGGAUUCUGUGCAGAUGGAUUAUUGCCGACAGCGCUGGAUGGCGAGGGGGCUUCUACAGUGCGGCUAUCACUAAUACCUUUGCCUUCCUCUUAUCCUGGUGGCAGAUUCCCCGCCGUCUAGUCGGGGGCCGUUUCCUGGCAUAUGCUGGUGUUUGUUAUUGA